AUGGAUAACCCACCUGCGGCCGUACAGGACGCCAUCAGUUCUAACGAUGUCGAGGUUGUUCGAGCGUGGUUGAAGAGACACCCUCCACCCAGCUACAACGCGUUACAAGAGUGUCUACUAUUAGCCAUGCCCAAUGGCUCCCUAGAGAUGAUCGAUACGAUGCUUAAACAUGGAGCCACGGUCUCGUUUCUAGCCUUUCUCGAAGCUUUUGAGAGGGAAGAAACUGCCGUGUUUCAGAAACUCAUCGACUACGGCUGGGAUAUUGAUUCUACGGAGUUCGAACUACCCGCUGUGCAGCUCGUUCUGGACAACGAACGUUUACUGCGUUGGUUUUUGGACCGCGGCGCCAAUCCAAACACCAAAUCUGUGAGGCGAGGCGCAUCCUGUCUGCAGCCUUGCACACCACUCGCCGCCGCAGCGGAGUUUGAUGAUACGACUGCACUCCAAAUCCUUCUGUCUUACGGGGCUGAGAUGGAUCCUUUGGCCCUGUUCCACGCCAUUGGAGUUAGGGGCCAAGCAAACGGUAUUGCUACAACCGCCAUGUUGGUUGAACGCGGCGCCGAUGUCAAUCAUGUGGCCGAAAACUGGGGUACACCACUCGAUUAUGCUGUCAAAUACAAUGCCAAAGAGAAACUGUUGCUCUUGUUGGAACACGGCGCAGAUCCUACUGCACGUUCUGUCGUAAGCCGGCAGACACCGACAGAAUACGCAAAAUCGUGUAAACAUCUGGAGCUGUACGACAUCCUGAAGGCCGCUGAAACUAGUUGA